UUUACGCUGAUCCUGCGCUUUGCCUUGCAAAAUAUCAUUUUGUUUAGCUCUGACAACUUUUCUGAACACGAACACUGUUGGAGUCUAAAUGACAAACCCAAUUCAACAAUGACUGGUCAACAUCUGUGCACAAAGACAACCCUGAUCUUUUCAUUUAGGAGUUGAUGGUAAACUCUAUCAUUCUUUAACAUCUUCAGUCCCAUAAACAUGAUAUUUUCAUGGCAGGAUGAUUUAUUACGGUCGUGUUUGCAGCUUGAUUUCGUUUCUUUUUUAAUAACCGUGACCACGUAACAUUUGUGUAACAGAACCAUUUGGAGUCCCAUAAAUGGAAGAGAAACCGUGACGCACAACAGGUCCCCAAAAAAGCCCAACUCCUGUGCUGCACCUACGCAACUCCUCUCCAUUUAAACCCAUCUGGAGGAGGGGGUGAAGGACCACAACCUGCCUGCUCCGGUCAGCGUUCAGCCUGCGGCAGCGAGCGGCCAGAUGAAGACGGACGGAGCCACGCAGACGUUCAGCGGCAGGAAGCAGAGCCUGAUAGAGGAUGCUCGCAGGGAGCGAAGCGGCGGUCCGGCGUGCUCCUCGGGACCGACCAGGAUUGGAGACGAGUGUGUGUUCCAGGAGAAGGAUGGAAGAGUCACCAUAAAUGUUCUGUUUGCCCUCAGCAAUGAGAAAAACUCUGGGUUCUUCCAAACAGGGAAAAUAUUUGAGACGUUUGAAGCGAAACUUCUUCACAUAGAAAGCCGGAUGAGGAAGAAGUCCAAAGAUGACCUGCCUGAGCUGGAGUUCUUCAUGAGGUGUGAAGUUCAGAGGGCUGAUCUGGACGUGUUCAUCAGCUCGCUGAAGCGGGUGGCUGGUGAUGUUCGCUCCAUGCCCGAGGAAAAGCUUCCCUGGUUUCCCCGACGAAUGAAAGACCUCGACAGAUGCAACAUGUUGAUAACCAAAUUUGAUCCCGACUUGGACCACGAUCAUCCCGGAUACGACGACUCUGAAUACAGAAAAAGACGCGCUGAAAUCUCUGAGCUUGCCUUCACAUACAAACAAGGUGACCCACUGCCCACAGUGGAGUACACAGCAGAGGAGAUUUCAACAUGGAGGCAGAUUUACCAGCAGCUGAGGAGCAUUUAUCCCACCUCGGCCUGCAGCCAGUUCCUGGACAGCCUGCAGCAGCUGGAGGACGAGUGUGGUUAUGGAGAGGCUCGAAUCCCCCAGCUCAGAGACGUCUCCGCCUUCCUAAAAGAGAAAACUGGUUUCCAGCUGCGUCCCGCCGCCGGCCUGCUGUCGGCCAGGGACUUCCUCGCCAGCUUGGCCUUCAGGGUGUUCCAGUGCACACAGUACAUCCGUCACUCGUCGUCGCCCAUGCACUCCCCCGAGCCCGACUGCUGCCACGAACUGCUCGGCCACAUUCCCAUGCUGGCAGAUAAAGAGUUUGCACAGUUUUCUCAGGAGAUUGGACUUGCCUCACUGGGUGCAUCAGAUGAUGACAUUGAGAAACUCUCAACGCUAUACUGGUUCACGGUGGAGUUUGGCCUCUGUAAGCAGAACGGAGAGGUGAAAGCUUACGGCGCCGGACUCCUCUCCUCCUACGGAGAACUGGUUUACGCCCUGUCCAACAAACCAGAGCACAAGCCUUUCAACCCUGAGGAGACGGCGGUGCAGCCGUACCAGGACCAGACCUACCAGCCGGUUUACUUUGUGUCUGAAAGCUUCGAGGAAGCAAAGCUGAAGCUGAGGAAAUACUCUGCAAACAUCAAGCGUCCCUUUGCAGUUCGCUACGACCCCUUUACCUGCAGCAUGGAGGUUCUGGACCACCCCAGCAAGGUCCAGAGAGCUCUGAGUCAGAUGAGACAGGACCUGAAGACUCUUCAAAACGCUUUGGAGAAGCUCAGCUCGUCCUAAAACCUGGACCAGAGCUUCUGCAGCAAUCAGAGAAGAAGAGACCGACUGGCCUUAGAACAGAUCCAUCA